AUGGCUACAUCAAUCAAAGCUUUUCUAAGUGUAAGUCCAACCGGUAAAUCCAUCACCAAGGCAGCUCCGUUCUUCAUUUUCCAGCUCAUAGUUUUCGCACGUGCUGUCGAUGGAGUUGUGGAGGAUGUGCCUGACUGCAAGGAGUUGACGCGUGCUCUCAGCAAGGAAGAUCGCAGAUUGUUGUAUGCAAGCGUGACGACAGCAAUAUUCAAAUAUCCGGAUUCGUUGCGCUACAACUGCGAGGGGGAACGGUUGGCUAUACAUCACCUCUUAGAUGGCGAAGAUCAUUUCAAGCAAAAGGCGGGAGAUUUGUAUGCGAAGCUCGAUAGAGUCACAUUUGAAGCAGAGCGGAACGGGAACAGCAUCAUAGCGUCGUUAUCGCCAUGGGACACUCAGGUGAGGAAGCUGUAUAGCUUUCUAGUGUCCCAUUUGGACACCUUGAAUAGAUGAUU